AUGUCUAAAGUGUCUACUGGUGAAUUGCGGACAAAGAGUAGUAAUUCUCAAGAGAAGUCCUUGAGUAAGAAGAGAACAAAGGCCUCAAGAGCCUGUGAUCAGUGUAGGAAAAAAAAGAUAAAAUGUGAUUAUAAUGAUGAAAGGGCAAUUUGCACACAUUGUUCUAGAAACAAUGAGGCCUGUACAUUUGAACGUGUGCCAUUGAAAAGAGGUCCAUCUAAAGGCUAUCAUAAGAGUACCACUAAGAAAAAUAAGACAAAUAAUAUUUCAAACAUUGCUGGUUCCGCGGAUCCAUUGAUUCGUAAUGUUAGGAAUAGUACUACAACUGGUCCUGCUAUAGGCACAAAUAACUCGAUAACAACGACAUUGCUACCUUCUGGGAAUGUUGUUGUUCCUUCUGUCUAUACACCAACGAAUCAUGACAAUACACCAUCUAAUGAACAGCUUGUAUUGAUCGAUCCUAAUAAUAAUAACAAUAAAGUGAUACCUAGGACGCCGUCCCGGUCAAACUCAGCAUCUAUUUUAUUACCUCCAUUAUCCCAAUAUAUACCACCUUCUACAGGAGGCAGGACGGGUAGUGGGAGUGGUGUUGGUGCGAAUAAUGAUUUGGGUUACGGUCCUCCCACUAAUAUCGGUACUACUGUGACUGCAGUAGCAGGUGCUACUACGACAAAUACCAAUGGUGGAACGAAUAACUUUGGUGUGCUGAACAUUAAUAAUAACUCUUCGGUAUUGCCUAAUUUUAAUUUGGGACAACAACAGUUUUGGAAAGUACCAUAUCAUGAAUUUUCUCACCAAAGAAAGGGUUCAAUAGAUUCUUUAUCGAGUGAUAUAUCGGUUAGAAACGUUAAUCAACAGGAUCAAUUUUUUAUGAUUACUGGAAAUAGCAAUAAUGCUAAUACAUCUCAAAAUAUGAAAAAGAAUAGUUCUUCAGGUUAUAAUAACAGCGUUGGAAGUGGUAGUACCUCAGGUAGUAAUUAUUGGUCAUUUUUUAAAAGCACUGCGAAUAUGAAUAACCCUCCAAAUAAUAUCGUUACUCCAACUAAUAUCGUUACUCCAACUAAUAAUAACAAUAAUAAUAAUAAUAGCAAUAAUAAUAAUAAUAGUAAUGAUGAUACCCAGAGUGAACGAUCUAGAGGUUCGAGUCUUAUUCCAUCCAUCAUUAGACAGACUUCCAAUUCCAUAAUAAUGGGUCAACCACAAUUGCCUCCACCAUCAUCAUCACCUGCAUUACAACCACAAAACUCAUAUUCAUAUUUCCAAUUCCAACAACAUCAAUUACAGUCAUUAAACAACACCAAUAAUAACAAUAAUAACAAUAACAAUAACAAUAACAAUAGUAGCAAUAAUAAUCCUGACGGUAUGAAUCCAAAUAAUUACAAUCCAUCAUUAAGUAUGUUUAGUCAAUAUGCAACCGCAGGAUUCCAAUCAAGAAAUAACUCUAUAACAAGUGAUGCAAUGUCCCCAUCAAGUUCAAAUGUUUUUCCCUCAGUAGGAAAACAAAGCGUUGCACCAGCAACAGCAGAUUCUGCAAGGAUUUCUUUACAACCUCAAAACUCAUCUAGUCAUAUCAGAAACAAUGAAAAUUUGGACUACAUCAAAGGUAACCCAAGAAGAGAACCUUCUCCAUCUAUCAAGAUUAGAAAUAACCAUACCAAUGGCGGCAGUAAUAAUAGGUUGCUUAGAAACUCAAGUGUAGCUUCCAUUGAAUCUCUCCUUUCAGGGAACGAUAUGGAUUCUAACGAUGACGCUAAGAAUGGAAACCAUAGUAAUUCUGUAAAUGGAAAUUCAGUAGCCUCUGAUUCCAGUGCGUCGAAGGCUGAUAUGUCAAAGAAAAGUCGUAGCAUUAUGGGAAAACCACAAGCACAUCUCCAAAAUGGGGCUGGUAACGUUAUAGUUUAUGGACAGAUCUCCGAUAUUGAAUUGAUUGAUAUAUAUUAUGAAUUUAUACACGUUGGUUUUCCCAUUAUUCCAUUGAACAAGAGAACACUGACAAAUGAUAUUUUGUUGGUUAAUACACAACCAAUUUCGUCUAUUCAUGAAUUAAACAAUUAUGUCAUCCUAUGGUUUAGAAACUCUUUAGAACUAUUGGUAAGGGUUGCCCUGAAGAAAGAAAAUAAGAACAGUCAUUUCUUUGAUAAUAAUUUUAGUAAUCCGUUCGAUAAAUUUAAAAAUGUAUCCUCACACCAAAAUUGUAAUGAUCCAGGAGCCAAAAAGGAUAUUAAGCAAGAGGAGACUGAUGCAGAUGAUGAGUUGCCAAUGAAAGAAUUAUUUGAAGUUCAAAGUAUAUUUAUAGCAGCUUUGAAUGAAUGUUUCCAAAAGAUUGUUGAUAUCCAUCCAAAAUUUAGAGAAAAUAAAGAUAUAAUAUCCCCGAAGAUUAAAAUCAUAUAUUUAUCAACAUUUUUGAUUCUUAACUACAUCUUGGGUUACGUUGGUUAUGAUAAUUCCUUUGUUUUAGGUAUGUCAGUGACAAUUUUUAAUGAAUUUAAAUUAUACAAGUUACUAGUUUUACCAGAAGAAGAUCACUCUAGUUACAAUAAUAUAUUUAGGGGCUCUGUGAGUGAUAAGCCAAAUGGUAGUAUCGACUCGAGUAUUGAUGAAAAUGAAAGACUAGAAAAUAGGCAAUUUGAAAGAGAAACACUGAUAAUUUUUAAAAGAUUAUAUAUUUCUUUGAUUAUAUUUGACUCUUUACAAAGUUGUACAUUUGGCGGUCCAAAGUUAUUGAAUAUUUCUACAGAUAAGCACAUGAUUGAGACGAUUUUUAUGUCACCAAGGAAAGGUCGCAAUGAUGACAAUGAUGAUAAAUGGUGUUUAGAUGAAGAUCCGUUACGUUUAAAGAUUAUUAUUCAGAACUUGAAAUUAGGUAUAUUGCUCUCUCAGCUGUCAAUGAAGAGAAUCUCUUUAAGUUGUAUAGACACAACAAAGACGGUUGAUCUAACCAAACUAAUAUGGUUGCCAGAACACAUGACACAUUGUGUCGAAAUGUGGAACAAAGAAAAUGAGUCAGAUGCACUUCCUCAUCAUGUUGUAAACCACAAACAUAGAGAUUCCAGAGGAAGUAUUGGCGGCAGUAUGACAGAAAUAACCACUAUGUCUGCGUUAUUUUCUGCUGUGAUCCAAACAAAACAAUAUUUGAUUAAUAACCUAAUUUCGAUAAAUGAUAAAAACGAUCCAAAUUUCAAAAUGACAAUUGAUAUGACUGGUGUAAUUGCUGAUACCGUAUGCAGUCUUUUGAAACAAAUUUUGAAGUUAUUAACUCUUAUGAUGAGAACAAACUCUACUAAUAGUAUCGACCCAAAUAACAGACCAUCCUUAUCUUCGGCAACCGCACAUAUGGCGGCUCGUUCGGGUAGUCUUCCUGAUGAUAACACAGAGGCUGCUGUGUCCUCGAUCCCAACGGCGGCUUCGAUGGUGAUGAAUACUGCGUCACCAAAUGUUCCACCUUCUGGACGUUCAACAACCCCGAUAACGAAUGAUUUCUACCAGAAGCUAUUAGGUUUAGACGGAGAUGGGAGUGACAGCUCAGGAGCAAAUAAAGGUAUUGCUUCUCCCUUUGGUAUUUCAGUUUACCACGAAUUACAUAAUUUGACCAAUAUUAUCAAACAGUUACCAACUGUUUUAAUUCGUGUGGUAAUGAAAAUAUCUUACACUGAUAAUAUGAAAGCGCAAGCACAAGUGGUGAAGUUAUCUAAUUCCUUGAACGAGGUUGUGCAAAUUGUAAGUUUAUUGAGUAUGAUGAAGCCCUUUAAGAUGUUUGAAAGUGAAAGCUUAAAGGACAGAUCACUAACAAUGGAUGGAGAGUUCAAUCCAGAACUAUCAUUGAAAUGGAAAUUCGUCAACAAGAAUACGGAUAUUUACUCAAACCUCGAUGUAGCAAGUGAUGAGUGGAUCAUAUCGAGAUUUAUAAACGUUGGAUGGAUGUUACUAGAUGACGCAGAAUUAGGUUGGUAUCAGUAA